AUCCAAUCAACGGACCGCCAAAAAAGUCGAAGCCUCAUCCGCAUCGCGAAAGCCCACGACUCGACGCCCGAACGAGUCCACGACCAACAACCACACGUCCCCCCUGUGGUCCUCACAGCCCAUCAUGAUCCGACCUCGACUAAGAGCCCCCCGCCUGGCCUUUGGCCUCGGCCUGCGCACCACCGUCAAUGCCCGCCGCUCUCUGCACAACGUGCCUCAGCUGCCGCACGACUACUCCGAGGGCGUGCCGAACCUCAUGAGCCCCGGCGGCUUCAACAUCGCCUGGACCGAGUACAUGAAGCUGAUGGUCGAGAAGCUCAAUGCCCUCACUGUCGGCACUGAGCUCGAGGACAAGGACACCAAGACCAUUGCCCUCAUGACCUCCCGCGAGCCCAACCAGGCCCCCAUCUUCAACUAUGCCUCCAUGGCCCACAACAACCACUUCUUCUUCCAGGGCAUCUCCCCCACCGGCACCCCGAUGCCCGAUGCCCUCCGCCACGAGCUCGAGGCUUCCUUCUCGUCCAUCGAGACCCUCCGCCGCGAAUUCGUCAUCACCGCCUCCGCCAUGUUCGGCCCCGGUUUCCUCUGGCUCGUCAAGGCCGGCCCCGGCGAGUACCGCCUCCUGCCCACCUACCUCGCCGGCUCUCCCUAUCCCGGCGCCCACUGGCGCGCUCAGGGCACCGACAUGAACACCGUCGGCAAGGAUGGCUCCGCCAAGCCCUACUUCCGCAACCAAAUUCAGGGCUCCCGCAGGCGAGAUGGUGACCUACCCCCCGGUGGUAUCGAGCUCGAGCCCCUUCUGUGCCUCAACACCUGGGAACACGCCUGGCUGCUCGACUGGGGCGUCGGCGCCGGUGGCCAGGGCGGCAAGAUGGCCUUUGCCGAGUCAUGGUGGAACCUAAUUGACUGGGAGAAGGUUGCUCAGCGUUCAGGUAUCCAACGUCCCGAUUUCAAGUCGGCGACAGAAUAACGUGAAAAAGAAGGAAGACCACUAGGAUACGAUGUGACGGCACUGGACAAGAGUAGAUCGGUUGGGAGAGGCAUUUGUAAGAUAAUUGUACUCUCUGCAUAUACAGGCGGAAAAAAUGUACCAUUUGAUGUGAUAGUACAGUAUCCAGACUCAGAAGUUGUCCUAGUUGUCCAAGUCCACCCAUUCAUUCUGCAACGUCGAAAUACCUCAACAACAGGGUUGCGCCAACCAGCAUAAAAAAAAAAUACAAAAAGUUUAUAAAC